AUUUAUAAAUGACACUCAAGUGAAAGGAGCCAAAUCGAAGCUCCACAAACAGAGCUGCACCAGUGUGUCGGCGCCUACUGCGGUUUCUGCUCUAUUUAACAAACAGUGGAGGACCAGGGAAAGAUGGACUAAAUCUUCAGAAUAAAGCCUGUGUAAAUCGUGUGUCUGCCACCUCUACCACCUCUCUCUGGAUGGAUACCAGAUCUGCCUCCGCUUCUCCCUCUGUGGUGGCUAGUCCUUCCUCCUUGUGGCGUCUGGCCGAGCGGAGGAACAGGAAGUCUGGCUCAGGAAACAUUUUCAGCACCGUGAACCUGUGGCAGCUCCAGAGGUUGUUUAGGGCAGCUGGAGAUGAGGAUGCCGAGCAGAGGGCCCAGCUCGUCUGGGGACACAGAGACGAGGCUGAACUCGCUCAGGCCUUAGUAGCGCUUCGGAGUCGAGGUCACCGCAGAGCGCUGAGGACCAAUGGAAGAGAUGCGAUGGGCUCGCACUGGCUGCGAGCCUUCAAUAACCUCAGGAUUGGAGAGACCUCUCCGAGGAGACAGGGAAAAGAUGCUGGCGAGGACAGGGAUUUUAGAGCCGAGACAAAGAGAAGUCUAGAGUUCUACAGACACUCCUCAUUUGAAGCGACUUCAGGAGAGAUUGGUGCAGAAUCAGUGCUAACUGAGAUAAAAAACCCUAAUGGAAACUUUGACAGAGCGACUACAACCAGCUCAGGACUGAGGAGAACAGGAGAAAGUAAUCCAGAGAGAUACCUGCACCGAAUACUUCACUGAGAAACAAAGAACAGGAAAAAGUCAAGGACAGAACAAGGAUGUGUAUGUUUGGCCUUUCUUUUGCUGCUCUCUCUCACUGUACUAUCACCUGUUGGAAAUGCAGUUGCACUAGAUUAAACCACAGACUGAUUCAAAACAUCUCACAGCUUUAAAUAAUGGUUGUUGCCCAGUAACUAGCUUAUGUUUGUUCUUAAAUUCAUGUUACUAGUAACACUAAGAUGCAUAAGGAGAAUAAGAUGAUUGGGAAAAAAAAUAAGAUUUUGUUUUAUUAAAAUUUAUUUAUUUAGAAAAAAUAUAUAUCACCAAAGCUAUUACUUACUGAAAGCUCAGGUUGCUAAUAGACCAAGAAUAAUAUGUUGAAGUGCUUGUUGUAAAAACAGACCUCAUCUGGAGAUUGGAGUACAUGUCCGGGAUUUAUUUCAUUUUUUUUCCCCAUAAACUUAAAAUGCUCCAUUUUGAACUCUGGGAAUAAAAUCUGUUAUAUUUUAUAUUUUCGUUGUCUACCAUUGUCUAUUUAUCACAACACAAUGUAACAGAAGGCCUAAUUAUACCACAUUAAAAUAUUAUUUUUGUCUUUCCUACUUUUAGUGUGGUACAAGAAUAUUUGUAGUUUUCAGAAAGCACUACUAUAAACACUACAAAGAGAUCCCGUUUUUAAUAAUUUGUUGGUAUUGUCUCUUAUGUUGAUGCACUGUUUUCAUAAACCUUUUUCUUUUUAUUUUGAAACAAAUAAUUUCCGAAUAAAGCAAAACACUCCUACAUUUUAACCUCA